AUGGCUGUGUCUUUGACACGUUUGUCUUGGUGGUUAUGGGGUGGUAGUAAGGAAAAGAAGCCUGUUGUUGAUGGCAAUUCAUCUUCAUUGAAAGAAAGUGAGUCUUUGAAGUUUCCUUUGGUGAAGGGAACGAAUCAAAGGAGGGUUAAAAAGAAGUGGCGGAGUAGGGAAGAGAAGAGAGUUGAUAGAGAGAGUGAUGUUGUUUUAGUAUCAUCUGAUGGUGGUGGUGGAUGUUUAUCAGGCUCUGAAUCUGAUGACUCAGAUUGGUCUAUUGGGUGGUUAGAGCCUCAUGGUUCUGAUUUUCAGAGUGAUGAUGAGUCUGAUAGUAGUUUCGCGGUUUUGGUUCCUUGUUAUAGACCCGGCUGCAAGGAAGUGGAGGGACCAAAUAAUCAUCUUUUGACUGCUAUUAAGAAUCUGCCAAAUGAAUUUUCUUCUGCCGGAAGCAAUUACAUGGAACAAUGGUUGGCUUCACUUCAGAAAUUUUGA